AAAUGGCUUCUCAUUUGGUUCUCAUUGUGAUACAGUAAUCCGACGUAUCGAAGAGUAUUAUAUAGUUUGCUCGUGUUCCAGAAUUCUCUACUCUACACGUAGUGAGCUAUACGAUCCAUUUGCGGUUUUUGCAAAUUGUGAUUUUCACUCAAGCUCGAACUUAUCAACGUCCGUCCUACACUGUAUCUCGUCUUGUGACUCGUGAGUGAUCAUCGUGGGUACAAUGGCCGAUGUAGAAGGGAAAAAAUUGACGGAGCUUCGAGUUAUAGAUCUAAAAACAGAGUUGGAACGUCGUGGCCUGGACAAAUCUGGUAACAAAGCGGCGCUUCUCGAACGGCUCUCAAAGGCAAUACUGGAUGAAGGAGGAAAUCCUGAGGAACAUCUUAUUGUACCAUCUGGUGGACCACCUAAAAUCAUUCCGAAAAGGAAUGGUGGAGCUCUGAGUCAAGAAGAUUCUUCUAUUGAGUGCUCUGAUCAUCAGAAGGAAGAAAAUAUUGAUGGACAGGAUAAUAUAGAUAAAUAUAAGAUGGAAGUAAAGACAGAAGAAUUUGAUGAGAAAGAAGUUUUCAUCGGGAAAGAAGGUUCCAUCAAGAAAGAAGUAUUAAAAGAGGAAUCCGAACUUGAAAUUAAGAAUAUUAUUAUUAAGGUGGAAAAAUUAGAAGACAAAAUGCAAGGAGUCAAGGCUGAAAAUGCACCGAAUAGCGACAAGAAAAAUGAGACGGAGAAGAUUACCUCAAAUCAAACCUCAGACGUGCCAUCUGCCACUGUUGAAGCUAAUGGAAUUGACAACGAGGAUUCUAUCAAUUUGACUAUCGGAGAAGAUGAGGAGAAUCUCCUAGCUGAGGAGACAGAAUCUCAUGACAGACACAAAGAUGGUGGAGAGAAGAAGAAAAUGGAAGAAAACAGCAAGAAGGGAGACCCUAAAGGCAGCGGUAGAGCGGAACCUGGUGCCGGCGGCAAGGAAGGGACGACGUCCGGUGCGAACGGGACGAAGAUCAAGCAGGAGGGUGGAGAUGGAGGAAGCAAGAGCGCGGAGUCUAGCAAUAAAAGUCAGAAGAGAGAAGAGAAAGAUAAGAAGACAUCUCAGAUCAAUCCAACCAAUGCAAGCAGUCGCAAUCUAUGGGUAUCUGGCUUAUCGUCCAGUACUCGUGCGACCGAUUUGAAGCAGAUCUUCUCGAAGUACGGCAAGGUCAUAGGUGCAAAAGUGGUAACAAAUGCAAGAACUCCAGGGGCUAGAUGUUACGGUUAUGUUACUAUGUCUUCGAGCGAAGAUGCUGCGAAAUGUAUACAGCAUUUGCAUAGAACUGAGCUUCAUGGGCGCGUCAUCUCCGUGGAAAAGGCCAAAGGUGAUACGCAGCAAAGUCAUAUACGUAAACGUGAUACGGUUAAUGGUAAAUCAGAGAAGAAAGAGGAGAAAGAAAAGCCAAAAGAUCAUGAUAUAAAUGAAAGAAAGGAGAAGGAAAUAAAGAAGGAACCUGAAGAGAAAGGAUCAGAUGCUACAAAAAAAACUGAUGAUAAAAAUGAAAGUGUCGAACUAAAAAUAAAAAUUGAAAUGCCAGACAAAAAGGAAGAUUUGUCUAAAGAGUCCGAUUCUCGAUCGACCAAGUCUACUAGCAAGAAGCCGGAAAGUGAGAGAGGAAGGCGAGAAGAAAAACGGAUUCGUACUUGGGAGAGAGAUCACCGAUCUCAUAGUAGAUCUCGGAGCCGCGAACGACGGAAGCGAGACGACGUUCUCACAUUUGCUAAAAUCAGAGAAGAACGUGAGCGGCAAAGAAUGCGCGAAAGAGAACGAAUGCUAAGAGAGGAAGAGCGAAGAAGAAGGGAAGACAUGGAACGUCAGCGAGAGAUAGAGCGUAGACAUCGAGAAGAAUCUGCUCGCUUAGAGAGAGAACGAGAGAAGUUGAGACGAGAAAGAGAACGGAUCGAACAGGAAAAGGCCGAGUUACUACGACUCGAGCGUGAGCGGCAAAAGCUCGAGAGGGAAAAGCUCGAGCGCGAAAGAUUGGAAUUGAAGAGACAGCAGAUGCGUUUGGAAGAGAGUCGACGCGUGCCACCGCCACCGUCCAUAAAGAGAUCGUCCAGCGAUAGAAGAGAUCCGCGGGAUUUGUACGCAGAAUCUGACAGAAAACGAUUAGCUACAGAACAUAGCCGCAGGCAUAGUCCGGAAAGAAUUGUCGAUAGGCGAAAUGAGAUGUUGGAACGAGUGUCAGAUAGACGACUGGAUCCUUCGCCACCAUCUCGAUACGAAUCUAGCAGAUCCACUCAAGAGUUGGGAUUGAAAAAAGAAUUCAAGAGAAGUAGUGAUUUUUCUUCAAGAAACAGUCGACCAGAUAGCUUUUCCGAUGUUUCUCGGGGAAGAGAAGUCAUUGUACGGCGAGAAAGUUUGUCUACCACGUCCUCAUCCUUGGAUCCUCGACAAGUCAAGGAAAGAUAUGAUCGUCCGAAUACCACGUCCUAUACUCGCGAACGCGAAGUACGACGUUCCGAUCCCGAGACGCAUCGAAGUUCUAGAGACACUCAUACGCGAUACAGUGAUAGUUUCAAACCUCCGACAUCUAGCACACCACGUGAAAGUCGUUAUGUGGAAAGCAAUCGUACACCAAGUUGGCAUUCAGGACCUACAUCUUCAAAAUCCUUUAACUCGGUGACAAGCAGUGGGUCUCGCGAUCCUCGCAACGAGCCUUCCAGCUGGAGUUCUAGAUCAUCCGAUAGCGUUAACAGAUGGAGCAACUCGAGUAGUAUGGGAAAUACACUGCGACAUCCGAUUCCGCCGACGUAUCAGAGUGGACCAAUGCAGUCUAUGGGAUUGGCUGCACCUGGGACAGCGCCGUCAUACGAACGGUUCGAGGCGUACAAAUCGUCUAUGCCCAUGAGAAAAUAUUGAUUAUCGGACUACGCGACAUUUCGCAAUCAUGAACAUUCGUUCAAAUAACCACGGAAUUUUCCUUGAUUAGCGACUACAGAAUACAGAGUAGUCUAAAGCGCAGAUAAACUAUGACAAAUUGCAAGUUAUUAAUUGCACGAAUUGCAGCGUUCGGUCUUGAAAGUAUAAGAAUUUCAACUAUCAGAAAUGCUUUUCGUUUCCGCACCAGCUUGAUCGAUUGGAAAAAAAUCACGUAUACAUUUUAUCGAACAAAAUGUCAAUUUUAUACAAAAUUUAUAUUGUGCAUAAUAUUAUCCAAGGAGAGCACUUGUCAUAAUUUGCAAUUAUAUACGCUCCUUGUCAUCAUUUCUCUUGUACAUGUGUCCAUUUUGCAUGAUACAUACACCUUGCGACACAUUCUAACUAUUCGUAUCUAGCGGAUUUUUGUACAUGUGUUAAUAGAUUCCACUAAAGUGUCCCUACGAGGUGAAAUAUUACUUAUUUUCCUAUCGGUUUGUAAAUUGUCAUUUAUUUGCUUUGCGGAUGUUGAUCAUCGGUUGGCUCUAUUGUCAUCCGAGAAACGAUCGACUUAACGAGAUUGAUGUAGAGGCUAUAAGUGCACCUGUUUAUUUUAAACGAGUUUGUUUUAAUAGAAUAUAAUAACAAACGUAAUGUAUGAUGAAGGACUUUGGCUAUGUUUAUACCGCAUUUAGGCCGCGACCUGUACAAGAUGUUUAUCCUGUAGGUUAAACAAAGACAUCUAUCAUAUAGGUUGCGGACUAAGCGCACGGUAUAGCCAUUGUAUUGCAUAAUUUUCUUUUUCUGAAAGAGAAGUAUUCUCUCUUUGUCAGAGUAUUUGGACCGGGAUUCGUAUAUUGGAUUUCGGAAUCACAGAAGACAAAUUGUACGUGUUGAGAGUAGCUGCGCCUACUACUUUAUACAGCGAAAUGCAGAAACUCGAUGUAGCGACAACUGUCGCAGCAGCAGCGUAAAUAAAUUUAGCCAACACUAUUAGACUCUA